AUGAAGUGUGAGGGUUACGGGCCAAAGCUGGUGUGGGUGACGGAUGGCAGGGAGUACGCAGAAGGGAGGCAGAGUCAUCGGGGAGCCAUCUAUCGAUAUCCAUUAUUUUCUGAAUCCCGCCGCCAGGCUUUAGUUUCGAAACUGGCCAAGAGCCUUGGAGAGCAAAGCACGACCAAAGCCAUCGACGAAGUGGACGAGUGGCAGCAACCCGGCAACUUGGAAAACAAGAGCUCUUCAUUCAUCAGAGGUCCAUUCAGUGUUUUUGCAGUCGACCAACAAAGCUCUUCGAAAGAUGAGAGAUGGUCAAGGUCAGGUACCAAAGGUAGCCCGUCAGGCUCAGUUCCAACCGACGUCGAUGGCCCUGGCCAAGGGCAUGCUGCAGUGACUAGACCAUUCUCAUCUGUCACGGAUUGCGAGCUUUCACAUGAAACGGCUGUACAGGGUGUUUUGAAUGAGGCAAUAGACAGUGCUUCUACCGCAGGUUCAUUUCUUGCGCUGUCUCCUUCUCAAGAACCGCUUGACUUCUAUGACACUGAUUUUGCGUCACUGUUUCCGCCUACUAGCCCGCAUGCGUUUAUGAAAGGCUCUCCCUCAGAACUAUGGGACUAUUGGUUGCCUACAUUGAGCAUCCCACCCUCACCAUCAGCGCUCUCAUCGGUCCAAAUUUCCAACCCUGAUGGACUUCUGUCCCAAAUGGAACCGCUCCUUCGUCACUACAAGGAACGAGUUCUCGAACCCGCCGCGGAUCUGCGCAAAUGGAGGAAGUCACCUUGGCAACUUCUCUUUUGGCCUUGUGCCCUGGAAACAUAUGGCGAGAUCAAGCUGUGGAAUACUGCGUCACAUCCUCGAUCUGCGGUAUUGUACGCCAUCUCGGCAAACAGCGCAUAUCAUUUGCACGCAACUGAACGCUGCGGCGAGAAAUGGCGCGAAUUGGGUCUUAAAUAUCAAAAUAAAGCCAAAAGACUUGUCUUUCAGGCGUUGCAAGACGAGAUCCUUGGAGUUGCCCGUGCAAAAUACAAGGAACUGCUAAUGGCCAUCUUGAGUGUGGCUAUGGUAUCGCUCUUUGACAAGCCAGAAGCAUUCAAAGGAUAUCUUUUGGCGGCAGAAUACGUAAUUCGUCAUCGUGGACUGCAUAAGCAGAACUCGGUCAAGGCGAGGACCCUCCAACAUAUGUAUACUCACUUACGAAUCUUGACUGAAGGGACAUGCAGCUUCGCGGAUUGCAUCAGCGAAUUUACGGGUCUUAACCACCACGCCGUAGCUCCGGCAGUGCUGCCAAAAUUUGAAAUGGUGGGCAAUCCGCAAGGCAACGAUUUGCGUCUAGACGGAACAGCAAACAACGACAAGGACAUUCAUCUGGAAACGCCAAAGCAGUCAGAAGAUGCUCUGUAUUCGACAAUAUAUGGCAUACCGGAGUCUCUCAUGUGUCUCCUGUCGCGAAUCGUGGCAUGCGCUAAUGAGAAAGACAAGCUUCGGAAAUUGGCUUCAUUCGAUACUUCCCCUUCGGACCUUCUGCAAAAGCACUCACAAACACUAGAGCAUGAGAUGUGGUCGUGGAAUAUAACGGCAGAAUUUCCACGGCCAGAAGCUCACGAAUUCCCCGCACUGUCAUCUGAGGGAGGCCUGGACAGCAUAGAUACGAAGCUGUCGGGGGCCAUGCACCAAGCAGUCAUAAUCUACUUCUAUAGAAGAGUAUACGACACCGAUGCAAUGGUACUCCAGGAACAAGUCAGAAGAUGUCUGGAUGAAUUACAGCCCUGCAUUGAUCAUAAGGCAAGAGACCAAGACUUUGCAACGUCAGUCGCUUGGGCGACCUAUGUUGCCGCCUGCGGAGCGGUUACUACCGAAUUGCGAGACCGUGCUCUGGCAUAUUUGGAGGCCAUUGAUAGUCAGGGAGUGAUCUUGACGCCAAAGCCCACAGUCCAGAUCUCCAAAUUUUGGCAAAGGAGAUUAGAAAGGGGCCUUGUCGCGGCGGGUGAAUGA